CCAGCGGGCGUGGGUAGGGGGAGGAGCCCGACAAUGAGCAGGGCAGGGCGGGGCCGGGCGCGGGCAGGAGCCGGGUAGGGGCAGGGCUGGAGCUACAGCUAAAGAUGCUGUAGGACCGACCGCGCUCGGCAGCCGGGAGCUCUGCAUUGAAGACACCAGGGUAAAGUGAAUGCUGAGGACAGAAGAAUCGGAUGACACAGGCCAGUGAAUUUCUUUGUUUGGAGCACACAUUAUGAACCCUUUCUGGAGCAUGUCUACAAGCUCUGUACGCAAACGUUCUGAUGGUGAAGAGAAGACAUUAACAGGGGACAUGAAAACCAGUCCUCCACGAACUGCACCAAAAAAACAGCUGCCUUCUAUUCCCAAAAAUGCUUUACCCAUAACUAAGCCUACAUCUCCCACCCCAGCGGCACAGUCAACAAAUGGCACGCAUGCUUCUUAUGGACCCUUCUACCUGGAAUACUCUCUGCUUGCAGAAUUUACCUUGGUUGUGAAGCAGAAGUUACCCGGAGUCUAUGUGCAGCCAUCUUACCGCUCUGCAUUAAUGUGGUUUGGAGUGAUAUUCAUACGGCAUGGGCUUUAUCAAGAUGGUGUGUUCAAGUUUACAGUUUACAUCCCUGAUAACUAUCCAGAUGGUGACUGUCCACGCUUGGUGUUUGAUAUUCCCGUCUUUCACCCGCUAGUUGAUCCCACCUCAGGUGAACUAGAUGUGAAGAGAGCAUUUGCAAAAUGGAGGCGGAACCAUAAUCAUAUUUGCCAAGUAUUAAUGUAUGCAAGGAGAGUUUUCUACAAGAUUGAUACAGCAAGCCCCUUAAAUUCAGAGGCUGCAGUACUGUAUGAAAAAGAUGUUCAUCUUUUUAAAAGCAAAGUGGUCGACAGUGUUAAGAUGUGCACUUCUCGUUUGUUCGAACAACCUAAAAUAGAAGACCCUUAUGCAAUUAGCUUUUCUCCAUGGAAUCCUUCUGUACACGAUGAAGCCAGAGAGAAGAUGCUGACUCAGAAAAAGCCUGAAGAACAGCACAAUAAAAGUGUUCAUGUUGCUGGCCUGUCAUGGGUAAAGCCUGGCUCAGUACAACCUUUCAGUAAAGAAGAAAAAACAGUAACAACUUAAGAGAUGAUGAAUCUGGUGCACCAUGCACUUUCCUGCUGGACUCUGGCCUAGUCAAAGCUGACUGAUGGCAAAGGACUGCCUGAAGAGUAAACGGUGUGAACAAUGACUGGUUAUCAGUGUUUCCCAUGUGUGCAUAGGUUCUAACAGCAGGUUUCAGAAACUUUCUUUAAGUGUAAUGAGUUACUUCUGUCAGAAGUGUCUUAGGGUGGUUGUCUAGAUCAGUACUCCAAAUUAUUGGGGACCCUGAGGGUUAAGUAUUUUUCUGAAUAUAAUGCUAAAGGUAAGUUGCAUUCACUUACACUAAUAGAGCAGACCGAAAUCAGCACUAUUUAACAGUUUUUAAAUCAGUGGUUUCAGUUGUACUUAAUGAAGAGGACAGGUAUAGAGAGAGCAGAUUCCAGAGCUUAGCACUUUCAAGUGGAAGAUUGUUUGAAUUUCAGUCUCCAGCCUACUGUCUCACUGAUUUACAAACUGCUGUCUGAGCAACAGAAGAGUGAGAGGAAACCAGAAUGCUUGUUCAUAGUUGGUUUUUCUUUUUAAAGCAAACUACUUAACUGUAUUUUUAUGGCAGGAGGGAGGAAAAAGUGUUAAAAUGGUUUCUAAUGAAGUCAGAUAUUUAAAUGAUGAAUGACUAAUGUGCUUAGUAGAGACAAAAUAAACCAAUAAAUGAU